AUGGCAAAUAUUUUCUUACACUAUGCUCUGUUUGCAAGGAUCAAGUUAACAUUGUCGGUGUUCUUCCUGUUCGAGAACUCCAUCCUCAUAGCAGGGUCAGGCAUCAAUGCCGCAACGCAAUCAGGGCUGGCGGCUAUCUAUCAGCGGAAGCGGAAACGAAACCGAGACCGAAAGCGGAAGCGGAAGCGGAAGCGGAAGCGGAAGCGGAAGCGGAAGCGGAAGCGGAAACGGAAGCGGAAACGGAAGCGGAAACGGAAGCGGAAACGGAAGCGGAAACGGAAGCGGAAACGGAAACAGAAGCGAGAUCUAAAGCCAGAAACGACGGCAAUCAUGAUAGGACCUUAUGAAGAUUCAACUUCUGAAGUAAUUAGUUAG